GACACCAGCAUCCUUGCGAUAUCCAAAUUGUCAGAAAGUCUACCCAAAAUAUAGAAAAUAAAAUAAAUAAAUCAAACUAAAAAUGAGCAGAGAAAAUAGGGAAAGCAUUUGUAGUAUUUAUGAAAACAUAAUGGACAAUAAAGAUUUAACAAGAAAUGAGAUCACUGCCAGAAGCACUAUGGAGAUCCAGACAUCUGAACUCACAGAAAGUGAUAGUGGUAAGAUGAGAAAGUACAGAGCAGCCAUUGUGUGUUUGGUGCUGCUGUGUUUUCUUCUGCUGGCUGCAGCCACAGUGCUGAGUGUGAUAUUCACUCUAGACAGACAGCAACUGAUAUCCAUGAAUGAGAAUCUGACUAGAGUCAAUAAUCAGCUAACAUUGGAGAAAAAUAUUCUUCAGAAGAGUCUUAGUAAAAUAGAUGGAUGGAUUUUCUAUCAGUCCAGUUUUUAUUUAGUUUCAUCUGAGAAGAAGAGCUGGAAUGAGAGCAGAACAUACUGUAAAGACAAAGGAACAGAUCUGUUGAUUGUGAACAACCUAGAGGAACAAAGUUUUUUAAGGGCCAUUUCUUAUGUUUCGUACUUCUGGAUUGGUCUGUCUGACCAAGAAGUAGAAGGCAAAUGGAUAUGGGUUGAUGGUAGCAGCCCGUCCUUUGGGUUCAACAACUGGGCAUCUGGAGAACCUAAUAGCAAUGCGGGAAAUGAAGACUGUGCUCUAGUUUAUCCAUCGGGAUGGGCUGAUUACCCAUGUAAUUUUACUUUUAAUUGGAUCUGUGAAGAGACUAUUUUUAUUUAGUGCAUUAUGAACAUCUGUAGGUCUGUCAAAUUUUCAGUUCUUAGUCCUUUUGAAGGUCACUUAUUUGUCUGUUAAAAAAACAACACACACACACACACACGCACGCAAGCACGCACGCACGCACACACACACACACACACACACACACACACACACACACACACACACACACACACACACACACACACACACACACACACACACACACACACACACACACGCACAGGUGAAAUACAACAGGAACAUUUCCAUGAUUGAGAAAUAUCACUUUUACACUGAUCCAAUGUACAGUGCUCAGCAUAUAUAAGUACACCAGCCAAAUCUGGAGCUUAUCUAACAAAAUAUUUUACAAUAAUGGUCCAAGAACUUGUACACCCAAAUUUAUAUGUUAUAAAAAAUAUUAAAUACAAAUUAAAAAAAGAGGAAAACUUGUUUGGCUACUAAAAUAUUACUUUAACAAAUAUAUCUGUUUAAUAAAUUUGUUUUGUUUAAAUUCACCAAUAUACAUUGCCUAUAUUCACUGAGAAAUAGAGAAAAAUAUUCAUUUUCAAAAUGGGGUGUACUCGAUUAUGCUGAACACUGUAUAUAGCCGAGUUCCUACACUAGCAUAUUAACUGACAUCAUAUAAAUAAAUUAAGAUUGUUUCUACAUAAUGUGAUCUUGAUGGAGCAUCUCACACCAACAUAAUAAUCCAGCAAUGACAUCAAUGUGAAAUGCUGUCAAACAAACAUGCAUGGAAAAAAGUUUGGAUUGCUCAGAGUGAGCACCAUAUCACCGCACUUAAUAAAUAUUCAGUGUAUUUGAAUUUUGCAAUGUCAUUUUUUGUUACUUUUUUUAUUUUU